AUGACGUCCUUCUCCCUCACGGGCGCCGCCCCCAACAAACUCACAAAGACCCGAGGCGCGAAGGUGGUCAAGCCAAUUCUGAAAAAGCUGUCGUCUUCGCCAAAGAACUCGCUGGAUUUGAACCGUGGAUGGGAUGAGCAGCCGGUGGAUCAACUCGACAUCGACAACGGAAACAACAGGAAUAGCGUCAACUACAGGUCCGCAAAGGAUGUCGGCUUUGGGUACGCUGGAGGUGUUGUAGCCGCAAAGGCAGACGAGGACAGCGUUGCCGACCUGGGUGCUACUGGAAACAGCGUUCGUGUCAAGUACCAGCACGCUCGCUCUGCUUCGCAAACAUCGUCUGGCAGUGGCUCCCGAGCUUUCUGCCAUCCGUUCCAGCAGACGCCGCGUACAGCUACCCCGCCGCUGUCGUAUGCCCCUUCACUCGCCUCUUUCGAUAACGGUCGUUACUCGCCUACCAUUGCAGAGACAGAAGACGAGACGGCCACUGAUUCACAGCAAGCGCAGCCGCAACCAACAAGUCACCCUAUGCAGUCGCCUCCUCCUCCUCCUCCCGUCAGGUCCAACACCACCAACAUUCUGCGCCAAAGGCCAUCCAUCGCCAGCUCUCGCGCCAAUUCCUACUCGGACGCCAACUCUGCCUCAAAGGCCCUCCGCAUCAACACUGGCCGAUCAACCCCCACGGCCAUCUCUUCCCACCCUGACGCACAUGGCGUUGUUACUACCAGCCGCUCAGACGACCAGCUUGGCCAGAACGACUCCCCUACUGGCACUGUGGGCGGUGCUGCUUCCUCCACCCAGCAGCAGUCCACGGUUGUGUCUCCGACAUCCUCGACUGGCACCCCAAUGUCUCCCCUGCGCACCUCGCUCGAUCUCACCUCGGGCUUCCCUCGCCUGCGCAGCCGUUCCACUGAGAUCGACUCUGCUGCCCGUCUUGAGAAGAUCCGCAAUGCGCGCCGCAAGUUUGAGGAGAAGGAGAGGGCCAACCAGGAAAAAUAUGAUCGUGAACUGAUCAAGAAGCGCGAGCGCAAGGACACCAAGGAAGCGAGCCGCAUCGAAAAGGAGUCUGCGAGAAAGAGCAGCCUCAGCGAUCUUCCAAGGCCCUCCAUGACCCGCAAGGCCACCGCAACUAGUAUCGCAACGAUUACCGGCCCUACCAGAACCGCUUCGGGAUUCAGCUUCACCAAGCACGGCAGCGGCGGUUCUUCCAAGACGAGUCGCUCCAAGGGCGAUGUCACUGCUUCCUCAUUCUGGGAUCGGUCUUCCACUAUCGGCCCGGCUACCAACCCUACGAGCGGCGACAAUUCGCAACCCGAAAUGUCUGAGAAGCAUGGUCUUGGCUUCGCCAGCCGCAAGUACGAAAGCGUACCGGCUGACCAGGCUGCUCCCCCGGCUUUCAUCGCCAACCCCGUGGAUCAUGUCAAGUUCGAGCAGACUCGCCGCCGGUCUAGCGGACCCAAGAGGAAGACCCAGAACUACUGGCAAGAGUUUAUCCUUUGGUUGAGGACCAAGAUUCUUCGAUUGAGUGGUCGCUAA